CGUCAACGAACGUCUCUGCCUUCCUUCCUCCUCUCCCUCAUCUCCCUCGACCGCCAUGCACAGAGUCGCCCUCAGAAACUCCAUCCGCGCAGCCUCCCUGGCCGCUCCCAGGAGCGCUGGCCGCGUCGCUCCUGCUGUCUCCCGCUCAUAUGCAACAGCAAAGCCUGCUGCGUCUGAGGUGUCGUCCAUUCUCGAGUCCCGCAUAGCUGGCUCUUCUGUGGGCGCGAAUGUCGAGGAAACUGGCCGUGUUCUGAGCGUCGGUGACGGUAUUGCACGUGUCUGGGGUCUGAGGAACGUCCAGGCCGAGGAGAUGGUGGAAUUCUCCUCCGGUGUCCGCGGCAUGUGUCUGAACUUGGAAGCCGACAACGUCGGUGUCUCGAUCUUCGGUAACGAUCGUGCAAUCAAGGAGGGCGACACCGUCAAGCGUACUGGCCAGAUUGUCGAUGUCCCCGUCGGCCCUGAGCUGCUCGGCCGUGUGGUCGACGCGCUUGGCAACCCUAUUGACGGCAAGGGGCCCAUCAACGUCUCUGAGCGCCGCCGUGCUUCGCUCAAGGCCCCGGGUAUCCUGCCCCGUCGCUCGGUCAACCAGCCCAUGAUGACUGGUAUCAAGCCGAUCGACGCCAUGGUGCCCAUUGGCCGUGGUCAGCGUGAGCUGAUUAUUGGUGAUCGUCAGACGGGUAAGACCGCUGUCGCCAUUGACACCAUCCUCAACCAGAAGCGUUGGAACGACGGUCAGGAUGAGGAGAAGAAGCUCUAUUGUGUCUACGUCGCUGUCGGCCAGAAGCGUUCCACUGUUGCCCAGCUCGUCAAGACGCUUGAGGAGAACGAUGCCAUGAAGUACACCAUCAUCGUUGCUGCCACCGCUUCAGAGGCUGCUCCCUUGCAGUACCUUGCGCCCUUCUCUGGCUGUGCCAUGGGUGAAUGGUUCCGUGACAACGCUAAGCACGCUCUGAUCAUCUACGACGACUUGUCCAAGCAGGCCGUUGCCUACCGUCAGAUGUCGCUGCUGCUCCGUCGUCCUCCCGGUCGUGAGGCUUACCCCGGUGAUGUCUUCUACUUGCACUCUCGUCUGCUCGAACGUGCCGCCAAGAUGAACGAGAAGUUCGGUGGUGGAUCGCUCACUGCCCUGCCGAUCAUUGAGACGCAGGGUGGUGAUGUGUCUGCUUACAUUCCCACGAAUGUCAUUUCCAUCACUGACGGCCAGAUCUUCUUGGAGGCCGAGCUCUUCUUCCGUGGUGUCCGUCCCGCUAUCAACGUCGGUCUCUCCGUGUCUCGUGUCGGUUCGGCCGCUCAGACCAAGAUCAUGAAGAAGUUUGCUGGUUCGCUCAAGUUGUACCUUGCGCAAUACCGUGAAGUCGCGGCCUUCGCGCAAUUCGGUUCAGAUCUUGACGCGUCCACUCGUUUCCUCCUGUCCCGUGGUGCACGUCUUACUGAGCUCUUGAAGCAGGGCCAGUACCAGCCCCUGUCGAUGGAGAUUCAGGUCCCCAUUAUCUACGCUGGUGUCAACGGUCUCCUCGACCCCGUCCCCGUCGACCAGAUCACGAAGUGGGAGGCUGAGUUCCGCUCGCAUCUCACCUCGGCACAGAGCGCUCUCCUCCAGGAGAUCGCACUUGGCCAGAUCACGCCCGACCUCGAGUCGAGGAUCAAGAAGGUGGUUGAGGAGCACGUCGCGUCGUUCACGGCGUAGAGUAUCGUCGGUAGAUUGCGAACCUAAAAUGCUUGUCUUUAUUCCCGUCCUCACGCAUCGUCGUGUGAUUGAAUGAAAGUGGACUGUGGAUAUAGUCGACUAA